UUUCAUUCAAGUAUUCAAAUAGCCGGGAGUCGCUUUCUUGACCGUUAGUCCACUGCUGAAUGCUAUCACCUGAUCACGUGACAAGUGGCCCAUGAUUAUCACAGGUAUGGAAGUAGCCAAACAAGCCUUCCUUCUUAUGGUUCUUCUGAUGUAUUUUGUUCUGUUCACAAACGGCAAACCUUUUUAUCGGAACAAGUUCCAGAAUUUCCACACACAGAAUCUUGAAAACGAUGUCCAUUUAGGCCAACUUUACAAUGCUUUCAUCAAAUCUGGUGACUCUGGUCCAGUAGCAACCGUUGGUCAACAAGAUUUUGAAAAUAUAAGACCAAAUGAAAUGGUCAAGAAAGCUUUGAGCUUGUUUGCUCAAUGGCGACCCCGAAUGUUCAACGACAAUGACGAUGACGAUUCUGAUGUUGUUCGUGCUGUCGCUAGAGGUAGCUUUACUCGACCACUUGGACAACCUCUUCGCUGGGGCUAAAUAAAUGUAACUGGAACUGAAAUUAUAAAAGAUGUUGGAGACGCUAACGUGCACAUCCGAUUUCUGACUCUGUAGGGAUUCAAACUUAUAAUUAAAGAUUCCAGUGAAAUAUAACGUUCCACAGCUUCUGUUACAAUAAACUAUGUUUUCAGAGUUCUUGUUUAUGUACCUGUCUAAGAUAAUUGGAAUUAUUAUGUUACUGUGAGAUAUUAUAUAUAUGGUUUCAAUACAAACAGUAUAUCACAAUCCUGAAUAAGAAGACUUAUUUGGAAAGUAAUGACUUGAAAUAAAGCAUUUAGC